AAAAUAUUUCACCUAAAGGCUAAAGAUUAAUACUCUGCAGCAGGCGACUAGUGACUAGUAAGCAAGAAACUUUACAUGAAGCGGAAGACAAGUAGAAGUGUAGAACAUUCUUGAUUUCUGGAGAGAAAAGGUGAAAAACCUCCUUAAACCUCAGAAAAGGGUUUAGGAACCUCUUUAGAUACCUUGUAAGGUUUUGGGAAUCUUUUAUAUCCUCAAGCCAUGGGAGGUCUUGAUGCUUCUGAUGCUCUUGCAGUGAGGGACAAGGUUCAGAACUUUUUGAAUGCUGCACUUACUGGGAACAUUGAAGAUUUUAAGAAGUUUGCUAAACAGCUUGAUGAUGGGAAGGGUCUUCAACAAACAGUGGCAGAUGUUAAGGAUGCUAAUAACAGAGGGGCUUUGCAUUUUGCGGCCAGGGAAGGCCAGACUGAUAUGUGCAAGUACUUAGUUGAGGAGCUGAAGGUUGAUGUAAACACAAAAGACGAUGAUGAUGAGACUCCUCUUCUUCAUGCUGCUCGCCAGGGACAUACUGUGACUGCCAAAUAUCUUCUUGAUUGUGGCGCUGAUCCUACAAUACCCAGUCAAUUAGGUGCCACAGCUUUGCAUCAUUCGGCCGGAAUAGGAGAUACUGACUUGCUGGAGUGUUUGAUUUCAAGAGGUGUGGAUGUUAAUUUACAAAGUGAUGCUGGCACACCUCUUAUUUGGGCUGCUGGUCAUGGUCAGCUAGAUGCUGUUAGACUGCUGCUAAAACAUAAUGCUAAUCCCAAUCUUGGAACUGAAGAUGACGUCACUCCUUUGUUGUCGGCCGUGGCGGCUGGUUCUUUGCCAUGCCUGGAAUUGUUGAUUCAGGCAGGAGCUGAUGUGAAUGUUACUGCUGGUGGAGCUACUCCUUUGCACAUAGCUGCUGACCAUGGUAGCCCUGAGAUGAUUGAGUGCUUACUGAAAGCUGGAGCUGAUCCUAAUGCUGGUGAUGAGGAUGGUAGUAAACCUAUACAAGUUGCUGCUGCAAGAGGUAACAAGAAAGCUGUUGAGAUCCUGUUUCCUGUAACCUCGCAAAUUCCCGGAGUCCCAGAGUGGAAUGUCGAUGGAAUACUUAAACAUUUACAGUCUGAAACUGAUGGAAAACCGAAGGAAGGAAAUGAAAUCAACAGUCAGAAGCAACAUGUACCCGAGGUGGCACCGGAAGCCAAAAAGAAAGCUGCUGAAGCAAAGGCAAGAGGAGAUGAAGCCUUCAAAAGGAAGGAUUUUCCAAUGGCUGUAGAUGCUUACACACAGGCUCUUGAUUUUGAUCCAAGUGAUGGAACUUUGCUUUCCAAUAGAAGUCUUUGUUGGCUCCGUCUGGGCCAAGCUGAUCAUGCUUUAUCUGAUGCUAGGGCCUGCAGGGCACUCAGACCUGAUUGGCCUAAAGCUUGCUAUCGUGAAGGUGCAGCUUUGCGAUUGUUGCAGAAAUUUGAGGAAGCUGCAACUGCUUUCUAUGAAGGUGUCCAGCUCGACCCUGAAAGUAAGGAGCUUGUGGCCGCUUUCAGGGAAGCCGUGGAAGCAGGGAGAGAAGCUCACAAUAAAGCACAGAAGUCGUAAUUGGAGCUGGGAGGUUCAAAGAAGAGAACGAUUACAACAUUGAUGCGAUGACCUGCAAAUUUGGCUUUCUGUGAUUCAAGUGUGGUGCUGUCGGAUAAAAUACAUAUAGAUAUUGUUUAAUGAAGAGAUGAGAUAUAGGUUUUCCCUGCAUUGAAAUUCAGGUCUGGCUAAAUAGUUGAUCAAAUGAUUAUAUUGAUUUUCUUUUGUUGUAUCAUGUUCACUUUAUUCCGUAUCUGGUUAAUGCUCACUUUGUUAGGUUGAAGGUUUCAUUAACUUACCUAUUUAGGCUUUUAUUUGAUUAUUAAGAAAGUAGUAUUCACCAGUUUCGUUACAAAAAAUCAUAUUGAGGGCUUAUCUAUGUGAGAAAUUCUCACUGGUGGCUAAAAGCCAACUCAAAACUCAAUAUAGACUAUUUUUUUGGGACAGAGAUAGUAUAAUAUAAUGGUUAAACCAUCCAAUUGCACUUUGUGGCCGCAGCUAAAUCAUUAUUCUUAAAACUACAGUACAUAGGAUUACUUCAAAUAUCACAGCACUGAUGGCAUAUUGUUUACGCUAAUUAAUUAGAAGCAAUCAGGAUGAACAUGAUCACGUUAAUUCACCUUAAUAUGUGCAUG